AUGAGCGCGGUCGAGGACGUGACGAAGAAGACGGGCGAGCUCGUGAUCGAGGACGUGGAGGCGGAGGUGGCGCUGCCGCCCGCCGUCGCCGCGCGCGUGGCCCACCUCAAGACGCUCCAGGAGCAGCAGGCGGUCAUCGAGGCGCAGUUUGAGGAAGAGCGCCGUCUGCUCGAAUUGAAGUACGAGAAGCUGUACCAGCCGCUGUACGAUGAGCGUGCGCUUGUCGUGACGGGCGAGAAGGAGGUGGCGUCGGCGGACGAGAAGGCCAAGGAGGCCGAGCCGUCCGUGGGCAUCCCCAAGUUCUGGGUCAAGGCGCUCAUGAACCACCCGAUGGUCGAGCAGAUGAUCACGGACCGCGAUAUCCCGGCGCUCGAGUUCCUCAAGAACGUCAAGUCCGAGUCCCUCACCGAGACGAACGGCUUCCGCCUCGAGUUCCACUUUGCGCCCAACGAGUUCUUCACGAACGACGUCUUGACCAAGGUCUACGACGUGGCCGAGGGCCCGUCGGGCGAUGCGAUGCUCAAGAACAUUGUUGGCACGCCCAUCAACUGGAACGAAGGCAAGAACUGUGCGAGAAGAAGAAGAAGAUCAAGCAGAAGGCCAAGAACGGCGGCGCGACGCGCCUCCUUCUUCCAGUUCUUCUCGCCUGUCGAGAUGCCCACGGAAGACGAAGAGGAAGAGAGCGACGAGAUCAUGCACCAGCUUGACACGGACUUCCAGAUUGGCUUCACGAUCCACGAAACGAUCGUGCCCCAGGCCGUCUUGUGGUUCACGGGCGAAGCCGAAGUCGACGAGUCCGAUUACGAAGACGACGAGGACGACGAGGACUACGACGAUGAAGACCUCUCGGACGACGACGACGAUGACGACGAGCCGCGUGCCAAGAAGGGCGGUAAGAAGGCCUUCCCGGGCCUUGAGAAGCCGGCGGGCGCCGAGUCGACCGAGAAGCCCCCGGAGUGCAAGAACCAAUAG